AUGUCCGCGACUCAGAACAAGCAAGAGGCAGGCAUCGUCAGCCUGGAUGCCGACUUUGAUCGUCUCAUCGGUAGCUCUGCGGGUAUGCGCAAGCUGCUGGUCGACGCUACGGGACAGCAAACGUUCCACGAGGCAGGCGUCUACCUCUCGAAACACAACAAGGUGUACCUCUCUUCGAACCGUCUAACGGACUCGAAGCAUGGUCAGCGUGCACUCAUCGUGGGUGUGCCCCUGAGCUGCAUCCCAGCUGUGGCCACCGACGCAGCUGCCAAAUCGCACGACGGCAUCCUGCCAGAACUCUCAGCGGACGAGCAAAAGAGGUUGUGGUCUGAGCUCGAGAUCAUCCAAGACCUUCCCGAGCAUCUGGCUAUGCCCAACGGUGCGACCAACUGGGACGACGACAGCGUCCUCUGGUGCGAACAGGGGCUCGACUCGCGCAACGUUGCAUCCACGCUGGUCAUCCACAAUGUCGACGACCACAAGACCAAGUCGGCAAUGACCAGCUACCAGUCAAAGCCCUUCUCGAGUCUCAAUGACGUUGUCAAGCAUCCUACCACCGGGUGCGUCUUUUUCACCGACCCGGACUACGGCGUCGAGCAGUCGUUCAAAUCUCACGAAAAAGAGUACGCGCCCAACGGAGUUUACAUCUGGAAUCCUGCUACUGGCCAAGUCAAGCUGGUGGAUGCUUCCAACUACGUCAAGCCCAACGGUGUCACAUUUGUGCCGUCUGACGCCAACGAUGGUUCAGGACUGCUCAUCACCACAGACACGGGUCGAUUCCGAUUCCAUCGCAACGACAAGAUGGGCGACUUCUACGUUAAUGACAAUGGACCCUCGCUCAUCUACUCGUACAAGGUGCACGCCGAUUCAGCCUCCAGCGAUGGACUGCCUGCUGUCGAUGUCGCCUCACGCCGAGAGUUUGCACAGUCCACCAGCGGAGUUCCGGAUGGCAUCCAUGUCGACAGCCAGGGAAAUGUCUGGGCGGGUCAUGGCAAUGGUGUGCACGUCUACAAGCCCCAAUCUGACGGAAGUGGUAAGCUGAUCGGCAAGUUUGUUCUUCCUGGUGGCAAAGGUGUCGCCAACUUUUGCUGGGCGGGCAAGACGAGUUCGGGACAGUACCGACAGCUUCUGUUUGCUGAAGAUGAGUUGUGGGAGGUGCUGAUCAGUGUCAAUGGCCAUGAUUAG